AUGAACGCCGAGAAGAUCAAGAAGCUCCAGGCAGCUUCUGAAGCUGUUCGUACCGGUGGAAAGGUAGGCUCUUUGUUUAUUUUCGUUUUUUAGGUACCUUUUAGAUAGUUUUGUGUAAUUAGGAGGUCGUAAUUGUUGUUCGUGAACGUUACAAAAUAAUUAAGAAAUAUUGCAGUUGAAGAUUGAAUUUUAUAUUAAGGAAAGAAGUAUUGUCUUUUUAAAACGAUUGCAACCUUAGAUUAUUGAAAUUUUAGGGCACCGCCAGAAGAAAGAAGAAGAUUGUACAUAAGACCGCUGCGACAGAUGAUAAGAAGCUUCAAAGUAACUUGAAGAAGCUCGCCGUUACUAACAUUCCUGGCAUCGAGGAAGUGAACAUGAUCAAGGAUGACGGCUCUGUUAUCCACUUUAACAACCCAAAGGUCCAAGCUUCAGUUCCCGCCAACACCUUCUCGGUUACAGGAACUGCUGAGAACAAGCGUAAGUAUACAGUUUUAAUUAUUUUUACUCUUAGUAUGGUUUUUAAGAAAGCUCGUGUUCAAAAACAGUCGCUUUAUACCUAAAUUUGAGGUGAAUGUAAAACUUAAAUAUUAAUAUGAUAUUUUUGCAGAACUGACUGAGAUGCUGCCAGGAAUCUUAAAUCAACUAGGAGCCGAGUCUCUGACUCACUUGAAGAAGUUGGCGAACAACGUCACCAGCCAGUACAAGGGCGGAGAAGAAGAAAUACCUGGUUGGUUUUUAGUUUUUUUUAUUUUAUUUAGCUUUGUUAAUCUUAUGAACAACAUAAUUUUGUCUAUUUUUCAGAUCUCGUCGGCGAUUUCGAAGAAGCCUCAAAAACCGAAGCCAAGGGAGAGGAGAAACAAGAGUCUUAA